UUCCUACCACCUUUCUCCCUCCUCGAGCGCCUCUGGCCUUUGCGACACCAUCGGUCCGUGCGCCAGGCUGGAUACAGAAACACACUGAUAGAGCCGCCCAAGACCGACCCCGCGAGGCUGAGGAGUACCGUCCCCCACCGCCGCACCGCCGACCAUGGUGUCCAUCUGCAACACCUGUCAGAAUCUGCAGAAACCAUCAAAGGCCCCCGAUGGCGCCACCCACGAGCCGUUCCGCUGGCUCAAGACUACGCUGCCGGCCCUACGCCGAUCUGCCACUGCCGGGUGCCGCGGGUGCGCUCUAGUCCUGCAGGGCAUACUUCUGCAUCAUGACCGUCUUGUGGGCGUUAGCGAGGAUGUCGUGCACAUCUCCGCCGAGUCCUUUACCGCCGCAUCGGGCAAACAGGCGCAAGACCAUCUCUCGGUCGAGUUGCGGUGGUUGGCCAACGAAAACGACUGCGGGGAGGUGGCUGAUGACGACCAUCACCACCACGACCACGAACUCACGUAUCCGGACUUAAAGCUGGAAUUUUAUACUGACCAAGAUGGCCAAUCCCCUUUCUCUGCCAUUGGGCGUGGUGUGCGCAUUUCAGACAAUUUUUUCCAGGACGCUGGGCUGGAAAAUGCCAAAGCCAUGAUUGAAAGAUGUGUUUUGCAUCACUCAAAAUGCCAGAGGCGAACCCCGUCCUUUUCACCACGCAGAGUCUUGGACGUCCAUCACCACGACGGCUCCAACUGUAUCAAGCUCCAUGAAUCUGCCAUUUGUGCUAAUGGAACGUUCUCUGAGCCCGGAGAGUACGUAACGUUGUCUCAUUGCUGGGGCGUUGGUCAGAACAUCCUGAGAACGACCACGUCAAACCUCAAAGCACACCAAAGUAGCAUUCCUUGGUCCUCCUUGCCGAAGACCUUCCAAGAAGCAGUCGCCGUUACCAGGGCUCUAGGCUUUCGUUACCUUUGGAUAGAUGCCCUCUGCAUCGUCCAUGACGACGCAACAGAUUAUGCAGAACAGUCUUUACAGAUGGCUGAAAUAUACAGCAACUCCUUCCUGACGGUGGCGGCUACUUCAUCCCCUGAUAGCACUUACGGCUGCAUUCUGCCUAAGAAACAGCCCUUCAAGGUCCAAGCGACCGAUAGCAUAGGCUCGCUUUACAAGAUAUACGUUCGCGAACAACCUUCCCACUACAGCUUCAAAGGUCAGUUUAACGAAGAUGACCACAUGAAUGAUUGGGUCAUUCCAUUCAACUGUUCGGAUGAGGCCAACAAGGAAACGCCUCUCCUGAAAAGAGCCUGGGGAUUUCAGGAGCGUCUGCUCUCACCACGAGUCCUGCAUUUCACCUGGAGUGAAAUGAUUCUGGAGUGUAGGGAGGCUAUUCAGUGCGAAUGCGGUAGGGUUGAUGAUCCAACAUACGAUCCGCGGACUACGGACACUAUCAAACGUGAAUUUGCCAACUUCACAGAAAAUCACGCGCCGGAGGUGCUUGACGCCAAAGGCUCUUCGGAGGACGCUAUGGAGGGUGUUGUACACCAGCUAGCUAGUGCUGCUCUGACCGACUCCAUUCCCAAUAAUACCCCAUCAAAGGAGGAGGCCAUACAGCUCUGGAGCUACAUUGUCACCGAGUACUCGUCUCGGAACCUGACUUUCGAUCGAGAUAGGUUGCUGGCAAUUACUGGAGUCGCCAAGCAGUUUGCGCCAGUACUAGGCGGCUACAUUGCUGGACAAUGGACAUCAAGCACACUGAACCUUCUGUGGUAUCCCAGUAAUCCUUCUCUUUGUAGGAGACCACACCCCAGUUCAACGCCUGUUCCAUCUUGGUCUUGGGCAUCUAUAGAAGGAUCGUCAAUUGAGUUCGACAAUUCUACAGCAAUGGAUCUCGGCUGUAGAGCUGUAUUUCCCUCAAACAGCGAGCGGAGUACUUCCAGCCCAGGAGCCUGGUCUCCAACAUCUGGCCAGGCCAUAGAACUUAGUGCAGCUAUGCUCACAGAGGUCGUCUUGAAAAUCGACGAGGAAAGUAAUUAUGCUCUUAUGAAGAACAACGUCGGUGUUGAGUUCACGCCAGACGUCGGCGUACCUCGAGGUGACGAUGCGUUAGCAUCAGAGGACACUCUCAUCUGCGUUUUAGCUAGCAUGACGUGGCGGUCAUCCAUCAUUGGGCUAGUUCUCAAAGCUACAAAGUCGCAGCCGCAGGCAUACCGCCGUGUGGGCCGUUUCGAAUGCUACGAAUGCGAUCAGGAAGGGCAAACGGACGACAGCGAGUCACAAGACGCCGAAGCUUUGCUCACUCUGUGGUUUCCUGAGAUCGAGGACAUGACGCAGCUAGAUGAAGGGCCACUAACCACGCUGUCCGUAGUGUAGCAUUGUUGGAUAAUUUCGGUUGUUAGAUGGAUCUGACGUCGUACCUUGGAUACCGCUUGAUUCGACACGCUAGCCGUGCGACCUAGGACCAGGGGCUCUCCGAUCUUUCAGAGAAGUUGACUUCAGUUCAAUACCCGAGCAGUUAAAGUACCGUUUGAUGACGAGAUAAUAUGAUUUUCAUGUACCAUAGUAGCAUAGAUGAGAAUGAAUGACUCUCGUAACCUACACUUCUGCAGUGUCAGGUGUGAACUACAUCAUUAAACGAAAUACUCUGCCAGGGCUUACCUUUCGCCUCCCGUACGCCUAAUACGUAGUUGGUAAUCUAAUCAGAAGCAAAGUCUAAGAAGAAAACAGUG